GCUCCUCUCCGUUCUCAUCAUCAAUUUAUGCUUAAGAAUUUCGAUAACAAGUGAAAAACAGAAAAGUUUCAUCAAUGGCCAAAUCGUUGAACGCAAUCGUCCUCCUGGCCUCAGCUGUCUGCUUCUUGUCCCUCCUGGUCGAGACCACUCUUGCCGAUUCUCGCUUCUUUGUGGAGGGCAGGGUCUACUGCGACACCUGCCGCACGCAGUUCGAAACCAGAGUCAGCGAGUAUAUGGAAGGGGCCAAGGUGCGCCUCGAGUGCAGAGAUCGUGAAGGCGGGAGCCUGACAUACAGCGUCAACGGCACCACUGGUGCAAACGGAACAUACCACCUCCCGGUGGACGGCGAGCACGAGGACGAGAUAUGUGAGAUCGUACUCGUAAAGAGCAACAUGGAAGGGUGCGAUGAGGUCAGCCAGGACACGUACUUGAGGAAGAGCGCCAAGAUCAAUCUCACGUCCAACAACGGCAUCUCCUCUCCCGUUCGAAUUGCAAAUCCCCUCGGUUUCAUGAAGAAGGACCCCCUCCCGGAGUGCGCUGAGGUACUCAGGGAGCUCGGCAUGAUUGCUGAUAGUGUUGCAUAAACAAGGGCACAUAGACAUCAUCGAUGCCUAUAUUUUUGUAUAUAAAUAAAUUGAGUAGAUUACUACUAUCGCCAUCCGCUUAUUUAUUAGUAACCGUUUUUAUCCUGACAUAUUUUUGCCACCAAUUAGCCCCAAGCGUUGGCAUUUCGUCUACCAUUUAUACCCUUCUGUAACGAAAAAGUAACAGAAAAUAUAAUACCGUCCAUGAAUUUUCUGUCACGGAGGUUAACGAGUAUAAAUAGUAAAUGGAAUGCCAACGUUUAAGGCUAAUUGAUGGCAAAAAUAUGUCAGAAACAAAAAUGAUUACUAAUGAAUAAAUGGAUGACAACAGUGGUAUUCUACUCAAAUAAAUUAGUAUGUUGUAUGUUAGUUAGGAGAAGGGGGUUUUUGUACCCAAAUAACCAAGCAUUUGGAAGCUUGGAUUUGUAGAGCGGGCAAAAUUCAGUCCUCUUACUCUCUACUUCGUGGUAGUCGAUAUUCAGUUCUUUUACUUUUUACUUCGUGGUAGUCGAUAUGCUAAUGUAAUGCUAGCAUGUUGGCCGUUGUUCCUCGUAUGUACAAGAGUUCCAAGUUUUCA